AUGCCGCCUUCACGGAUUUUCGGGGCUCGCCCUGGGCCGACGACAGCAGAGCUGCGAUGGCUGCUCACCCACCAGCAGAAGCACCACCAACACCAGCACCAGCACCAAUACCAGUCUGUAUUCCUCUGGAAACAGCAGAAGCAGCAGCGAAGAUGGAUGGCCUCGGCCAUGGGGGCCCUCAGGGUCUCUCAUCAGCCCGUCGUGCAACCCACCUCCGCCGCUGCUAGGAGCUCUUUCUUCUUCUCGAACCGCCUCUGUGAGCGGUCGACAUGCCUCGAAUCAAUCAUACGCGACACACGAGCCCGACCAAGCUCAACUUCAUCUUCGGCCAUUGCGCCCACUAGUGCUGCCUCUGACUCUGCCGCUGCCACCAGCAGUAGCAAUCCCCCCUCUUCCGUACAGUCGAUGGAUAAACUUCCUCCCCACCGACGGCGGCAAGCUCGGAAGCGAGAGUCCGAAUCCUCCAAAGGGGAUCCCUCCUCCCUACCUCCCGAUGCCUCGUCUAUAUUGGCCGCGCAUGCGGCCGCUGCCCCUUCAACCUCUCUCCGCCGUACCCUGUCAUCUUGCCUCUCUCUGUCCAAGCCGAGACUGACGGUGCUCGUGGUUCUGACGGCCAUGGUGCCCUACGCGCUGUACCCGGUACCCGAGAUGCUGCACCCCAGCAUGACGGAGACUCCCAGCCUCAGCCCCCUAACGCUCCUCUUCUUGACGACGGGUACGGCCUUGUGUUCGGCCAGCGCCAACGCCCUUAACAUGCUAUACGAACCGUCAACAGAUGCGCGGAUGACGCGCACCCGUAACCGACCACUCGUCCGCAACCUCCUUUCCCGCCGCGCCGCCGUCCUCUUUGCCGUACUCGCUGGUGCCGCCGGCGUUAGUGGCCUGUACUUUGGCGUCAACCCGACCGUCUCAGGUCUAGGCCUGGCCAACAUUGUUUUGUACGCGGGUAUAUAUACCCCUCUCAAGGCCGUGACAGUCCUCAACACGUGGAUUGGCGCUCUGGUUGGUGGUAUCCCUCCCCUGAUGGGCUGGGCCGCUGCAGCCGGCGAAACGGCGACGCGCGACGGAUCAUGGCGCGAGCUUCUCUUUGCUAGCGAUGGCUCCUCGAUCGGCGGAUGGCUCAUGGCUAUCCUCCUAUUCUCGUGGCAGUUUCCCCACUUUAUGUCUCUCAGCUGGGGAAUUCGCGAGGAGUACAAGGCUGCUGGUCUGCGCAUGCUGGCCUGGACCAAUCCUGCGCGCAACGCCCGUGUCGCCUUGCGUUAUAGUCUUAUUUUCCCGCCUUUGUGUGUCGCCUUAUGUGCCGCCGGUGUCACCUCGUGGGGCUUCGCCGCCACCAGUCUUCCCGUCAAUGUUUGGCUCAUCCGUGAGGCAGUACAGUUCUGGCGUAAGGAGGGCCACGGAGGAUCUGCGAGGGGUCUCUUCUGGGCUAGCGUGUGGCAUCUCCCCGGCGUCAUGAUCCUGUCCCUCUUGCAUAAGAAGGGCAUGUGGACUCGUGCUUGGCGCAGUAUCACUGGUGCCGAUGACGAUGUCUGGGAUGACGAGGAUGAGUUGCAGGAGAUUGCCCAGAUGGAGGCACCUCAGCCCGUUUCACCGCAGCAGAAAAAGUCAUCGUCUGGAUCGUGGUGA